CACCAUUACGACUGGCUGCGUGAGGCGUGUUUGGCCGGGCAAGGACACACAGUGCUCUAAUGACAUUUGUGUAAGUGAAACAAGUAAUGCUAACUUAGCCUGUUAGCAGCGUUGGACUGUCUGUGACCACUGUGUACAACCUGACCUGGAGGACCACUGCAUGUACACUGACUUCAGUCGCCUUUCGUCUGUAAAAGGCCCCUCUCUGCCUUCAGGCCUGUCAAGGUAGAGACCCUGCUGCUGUAGCCAGGAAUCAUCUAGAGUCAUAAGGUCCCAAAGAUACAGUCUGUGUGUCUUUGCGGUGUCCUCCGUGUUGUGGGUGAUGGUCAGCUGGUGACUGGGGUUUCCCGGCCCCUGUGGUCAAUGGCUGUGAGCAGAGGGGGCGUUGCCUUUUGGGUGGGUUGUGUCCGAAGCCAUGGCAGAAGGCAACCCAUCAAAAACCAGAGCUGGAGUCUCAGUCAGGUAGUUGACUGGCAGUGGAUCCGUCAGACACGCCCCCUGAGCAGUGCAUCAUGGGCCCUGGCACCCCCCAACAGCCUGAGAUAUCAGAACGUUAAGCAACCAGUGCUGUCCCACCCGUUCCACCAUGCCAGCCAGCCUCACGGAGGAGGUUACCAAGAGGAGGACUGGGAGGAGUCUCUCAGUGUGUGUGUGCUAGUGCGACAGGGCGAGUCAGAUGGCCUCCACACCCUGCUGGAGAUCCCCCUGUCCAGCCACAGUAAACUAGGAGAGCUCCUCACUCUGGGGCCUCACAAGUCCUCUGAGUUCUCCUUCCCGUUGACCACUGUGGACGGCAGCAGAGAGGAUGACAUCAGCGUUGACAGCUGCAAGAAGAACACUGGUGAUGCUGGGAAGAGAGAACAUGGCUGUUUCAGAAGCCUGUUUGAAGCAGAGAGGUGCCCCGCACCGUUCAUGUACGGCUCUCACUUUUAUUGUUUUCAUUGCCCGGGCACAGAGCCGGUGCCUGGCAGUGGGCUGAAAUCUAGGCAGGAUAUUGGACUUAACAGCAAGCCUGUGGAGCUGCCUCUGCUGCAUCCAAUCUCUCUGUGUAGCUAUGCAAAGAGAGCAGGGGGGGGACACAAUGAAGGGGAGGAGAAAGUGGCCAUGAUGUAUGAAAGACUGAGGAUAGAGCUUCCAAAUUUCUUCAUGAAGAGCCACGAUUACAGCAUGUACUCACAUGAUAUGGAGUUCAUCAACGGCCUCAUUAAUACCAAGACCAGAGGCCGCGUGCUGUACCAGCUCACCCUCUCCUUGUGGCGCCUCCUGUGUCUGUGUUACUACGCCAACGUUCGGCUGGAGGUGCUGAAGCUCACCAAGCACAUGGAGGAUGGGACCAUUAAGGCUCGUUGGAGGAUCAGGGGCCUUCCCUUCUUCUCUCUGCUGCUGCGCUUCUACCGCAAAGACAAAUCUCAUCUGUACAGGUCAUAUGAUGCAUUCUCUACUUUUUACAUUGGACCGGAUGGACUCAUUCACUGUCAUAAAGUUGAAAAGAUGAUGCCGGCUCAGCCCCCUGUCCUGCCCAGAGUAACUUCUCUCUUGGCGGGGGCUCUGGUGGCACUUGGGGUGCAGGAGCAUCGACCUACUCUCAACCUGCUACCCCUCCUCCUAUCCUCGCUAAGACAGAGCAGAAACUGACUCCAGGCGACGAUUAGAGGAACAACGGCCAUUGGAAUCGACAGUGUAUCCAAAGUCUGCGUUCAUUCAUUCUCAGCAUAGGAACACAUUAAAAUGGUUAGGCUCUAUCCUAAAAUCUCAUGUUCCCCCUGCAUUCAAUGCAAAGUCAAGACUUUACACUGCUUUUCUUUUUUCUAAUUUUAGUUUAGUUAUUAUUUGAAAUAAUGAAAGUGUUUAAACUUUAAACACAGAACUGGGUUUUUGGGUCCAGGUUGUCAUCCCAUGCCAGUCAGCUGCCAGCUGUUGUUAUAACACAUAACUAUUUUUUCUUGUUUCUUUUAAAACACAAUGUAUUAUACUACAUAACAUACAUACUACUUAAAGACCAGUCCUUUUAAAACUCCCAAAAAAAUCUUAAUGUCAGACAUUACGAUUAGAAAUUUGAGAAUGUAAAACUUAGCUUUUCCAUUAAUAACCUAUCUACAUACAACAUUCAGAUGUUAGAUACAUAACAUCAGAACUUACUUCAUGAGACAGAACUCUGUAAGAUGUACUGUAGGUGUUUUACAGACAUGACACGAGGAAUGUGUGCAACAAUACAAACGAUAACGUGUUCUCAUGUUCUAACACAAAGUCCAAAAUUUGUACUGCAAUGCUAACGUCUGCUGCAGCCUCACACAUUUCAGUGGUGUUGCUUCAUGGAGCUUCCUGCCAAACAAGCAACUACCAAUUAUUGAAGUCCCACCCCUUUUUGCUCUGUGCUCCAAUAACAGUUGAGCAAGCCUCAGUCAGAACCUCAGUUAGCUUCCUCCUUUCUGUAUUUAGAUAUGCUAUAUGCUUGCAAAUCUAUGUUGGUUAAAAGAUAAAAGAGAUGUAUAUAGUCAUAUCUUAUGUUAGCAAAAUGCUAGCUAACUAUCAAGCUAAUCUGCAUCAGUCAUUUAUUAGCGAAUUACAUCUGAUAGCUAACAAUAAUGAAACGCUAGCUUACUAACUACCUAAUCUACAUCAAUUGUAAGUUAGCUAGCGUUUUGCUAACAUUAGUUAACUUAAGAUGUGACUGCCGCUUGUGAAAAGGACAAAGUUAAUUAUAAUUAAACUAUUAUUUAUUAUUGCAAAAUGAUUCCCGUAAAUACCCCACCUCAGUAUCACAAUGGCUUCAUGUUGAACACCAGCCUGAGCCUGGUCACAGGGCAGCUGCAGUGUUUGUUACCGCAGCAGACUGCUUUACAAGAUCAUCUUAUCAUAAUCUAUGUCACUGAUCAAAGAACACAUCACAAUCACAUCGCAUUUUCCAAAAAACGUUGUCAUACUCGUGAAGUGAAACAUUAGAGAUUCUAUGCUCACAAACACAGUAGGAAAUACAAUAAUUAGUAAAUAAUGGUAAAUAAUUAAUUAGAAAACAUUGCAUGAAGGUUCGUACUAACCUGACUGCGGCAUGAUUGGUUGGUUGGUUGGUUGGUUGAUUGGUUGGUGAUUGGUUGGUGGUUGGAUGAACCUCUGUCUAUCACCGACUAUCACAGGCAAACUUCAACCAAUCAGAUCCAUGAACCAUAUGACGUAGUCAGUUGGGAGAAAAGAGAAAAUAUCUUUUCUGUGGAGAAAAAAGAUCUUCUUCCGAUAAAGAAAUACUCUCCAGUUCUGAUAAAAUAGUUGUUUUUCUAGCAGUCACUUCUACCAUUAAACCAUGAACGUUUCUCGUGCUGUAGCUGCCAGUAGUUCCUUAUUUGAUGCUGAUUGGUCUGAACCACUGUGGCUGGACACAAACACAUAGCUUGAAACCUAGCAAGAUGAACUCUGAUCUUGCGACUCCUACUGCCUCGUAAGGCAGGGUUUGUCCAUGUCUAAAAACAAAAGUUUUUCUUGCUGUUGUGAAUGGCCACAGCCUCCUCUUGGCUGCAUCCCACUGCCUCCUUGAUCCCUCUUCAAGAAUUCUGUAUUGUGUGUUUUUGUAGUCUAGAUGCAGUGAAUUGUACAAAUGAGAAAACAGUGCGCACGUUUCAGAUGGGUUUUCCUCAGAAGGUAUACGUGAUGUCAGUUGACUGCAUGAAAAUUGACAGAAAUGUGACAAGAAAGAAAGAAGAAAACUUAAGAGAGACAUUCAAACCCUGCUCAGUGUCUCCCCUCAAAACCAACCCCCAGUGUUGGGCCACACUUAGUGAUGCCCACAGCUUAGUCAUGACGAAAUCAUAUCAUUUUUUAUGAGCAACACAAACAUUCUAAAAUGAAUCUUUGUAUCAGAAUGCAAUCCAUUUGGGCAAAACGGUUGUGAAAUUCUUGAAAAGCCAUAUGACUAAAUUAUUUGAUCCCAUUCAUGUGUAAAAGGAGAGCCAACAGGAAGUCUAAAACACGCUCUGUAAAGAUACCUGCGUUUGAACAGGCUUUAGUUGCGUUCAGGUAAACGGCUUGUGUGGAGAGCAAAAGAAGUGGAACACAGUGGCCGAAAUGCAAUCUCGGAAGCCAUCGGCUAUCAUCUAACAACAAUUUAGCUUUUUAUUAACUUUUUUUUAAAUGUAUUUAUGAGAGUUUUUCUGCAUUUGUAUACAGAUAACUGUGGAAGCCCAUUUCUGCCAAAUGUGAUGGGACAAAAGGAUUCUGUAAGUCAUUAUAAUGAGAAACUCAAAAUAUUGACAGGAUAUUGAGAAAGUUCUCAGUAUUUUGAGAUACUAAGACAUUAGUUUGAGUAAGUUUCUCGUUUUUUCAUCGCAUUGGAUAUCGGUUAUCCAGAUGUCUAUUGGCUAUCGGUUAUCCAGAUGUCCAUUGGCUACACUGGAAGCCCUGAAACAUUGGCUGUUGGGUUCCGAUUGCAAACACAUAAGCUCUCAACUGGCUCAGGUUGAGAAGUACUCCAUUGAGCAUGCUCUAUGCACACUGAGCAACUUUCAUAGGAUUGAAUGGGGCACUAUCUGGGAUCCGGAUAUGAAGUACUUCCUAAUACAUCCAUUGUUGGUCUGUCUGUUCAGGAAAGUUACAAAAGUUGUCUCCAAAGCCUUCCUUUUCUACCCAACCUUCAGAUAACCCAGCAAGCACUUUGUUUCGAGCAUGCUGAGGCUCUUACAGAUGUCUCUACAUACUUUCUUCUUUACUGUGGGCACAUUUCCACAAAGUUGAUUUGUGUGUCUGGUCUGUUAAUUGAAGAUUUUCACAAAUAUCAAAAAGGUUUAAAAUUCCUGAGGUUUGGUAGAAUUUCUGUGCUGAACAUCAGCACUGCAGGCAAUUUUUUGGUGGGGCAAAUUAGGGCUCUAUCUUCUAAUCUGAGCCUGUCUUAAGGCAGUGGACUUUUGAGUGGAAGCCAGGUGACUGAUUGUGUAUCAGUGUGGGCUUUGAUCUGUGUGUGAGUGUGUGUUUUAUUUGGAGAGGUGAAAGCAACAGAAUGGCUUGCUUUUAAAAAGCCCUGUUGUAACUGUUUCUACGAUAUGAUAAAGCACCGUGGCCAAGGCCUUCACUGCAGACUGCAAGUAACCGUCAACAAAACACUGGACAUCCAUUCUUUUCCAAUCAGGCUCAACAACCAGACCAACAAGCUUGUCUGUUGAGAAAACUUGGUCAUCUGUGGUCAUAUUAUUGUUCUGAUUGUAUUCCCACCAGUCUAAUUAAAUGAACAGUAGUUGAGCUGGGAAGUAUUAUUAGGAUGUUGAUUAGUUUCACUCAAAAAGCAUUAGGAAUAGAUGUAACAAAGUGCCUAGAGAGGAGCUGCAUCUGUUUUUGGGUUAUUGGUCAGUUACCUUGAGAUAAAGUUAGAGAAUGAACAGUUAAUACCACACUGAGACACAAAUGAAGAUAAACUUUUGGUCAAAUUUGCUGAAACUUUAACUAUAUCCUGACAGAAGUACACAAGACAGAUGGCUCAUCCUAGUGCUGCUAGUGGCAUUUGCAAGAAUCUGUCUCAUGUUCUACUGCCAGAACACAGUGAAAACAGCAAUAAUGACAUAGUUAGUUUUAUGAAAAUGUAUUGCUCAGUCACCACAAGUGAGUCGAUUGCCAAUUAAUGCCUCUUCUCUUGAUGUUAGUUUUACGCUAAACAAACAAAAUAACCUCAGAGCUUCAAGGAUUAAGCUGAUGUUUGCUAAUAAAUCACAUUUUUGCCAGACUUAUUCUUUAACCAUCCACACAAUGCUACCUGUUGUUAUCGGUAUCAGUACCAAUUGGGCAGCAACACUAGCACUACAUAGAACUCUCACACUGCUAGCUCAUACAAUGAAAAGGUACUUGAUUAUUAACAUGUAAUAUAUGCAUGGAUAGGUUAGGCUCUAGUCUUUGUGGUCAUUUCCAAAAAGAAAAACCUGUUGUAAAAGCAAUGUACAAAUCACAGCAGAGAGUAUACAGAUGAAACAUUUGACAUGUCCUCAAGAAUGUUGCAAUCCAAAAUACUUUUGGUCACACUGAAAAUCUGGAUCAGCAUGUUAGCAGGAUCUUGAUGACAUCCAUUCCCAACCUUGUCCUGACAAAGAAAAGGUAUUUUUCUUGUUUGACAAUUUUGUCAUAUUUACUGAAGCUUUCACUAUAUCCUGACAAUAGAACAUGAGACAGAUAAUUUUGAAACAAUCAGGUUCCUCUGGCUCCUCCUAGUGCAGAAUGUAAGAAUCCACAUUCCAGGUCGUCUACCUGGAAUGAGACUCAGCAAUCACCCAUCUUUCUCAGGUCUGAUUGGUUGUUUUCCUUCUGGCCCCGUGGAUUCUGGCAAAUUAGGAGCACUAGGAGGAGCCAGAGGAAACAGAUUUUUUCAUAAUAAUGACAAAAAUGUAUUUUUGUAAAAGUUACCUACUGCAGCUUUAAUGACGACAACAACAAAGAAACAUCCAAGCCUUGCAGGUUUUUUUCAACAUAGACACUAGACUAGAAUCAGCCCUCCUCCAGUGUGAGCCAAUCAGAGCAGUAACUGCAGGAGCCAUAGAGAAGAUCAGCUUUGUGAAAUAAAAAAGGUUAAUGCAUUGUUGUGUUACCAACAAAACUUAACAGAUUUCACACAUGGUUAUAGACUAUACAGUGUGUCAAUUGCCUCCAACUGUCCCCUAGAAAAGACCUGACCUGUACUGAAUGUGACUCAUUAAUGCUAAAUGCAAAGCACCCUCUCUGGAUUGCAGCUAUUGAACUUUAAAUUUGGCUGUGGAGUUGUACCUAAAUGGGUAGCUGUACACACUCGGGCUGGGUAUAAACCUUCAUGCCGCUCAGUAACAUUUAGUGCUUGGUAAAGCGAGCGAUAAAGCAUGCUGUAGCAGUAGCUGUACAUCAAGGACUGAAUAAGUCUGCUGUGUAUUUAUCAGUCCUGUCUGUAUAGAAACACGACUCGUCGGGCUCCGUGUUGCUUCGUUUCCACAUGUACUGCUGCAAUAACCUGUGUGAAUCCUCGCUGUGUGAAUAAAUAAACUUAUGGUUUAACAAUGA